AUGUGGGGCCAUGGAUGGUGGAACGGACCAGGCACGAUCAAGCUCGAAUCCAACGGCGCCGGCGGCGUCCGCCGGGACUACAACGGCGAUGUUGUGAUGUGUGACACGUUAUCAGCCGUGUCCCAGUUUGUUUCCGACGUACUGAACCAUCCACACUCUUCUCGUGCUGCCUCGCGUUUCUUUCUUUCUUUCUCUCUCUCUCUCCGUCGUGGUGCGUGUCGCCCGCGUGCCGCGGCGUGCUGCUGCCGCGCGCCUACGAGCCGCCGCCGCCGUACGUGCUGCGCGCCGCUGGCACUCGCCGUCGUGCGCUGCUGCUGCGUGCGCGCCGCUGUCGUGCGCCGUCGUCGCUGCCGCGAGCCGCCGUGUGCCUGCAAGCCGGGCCGCAGCCGUUGCUCUCUCUGUGUCGCUGCUAGCUGCUGCACAGAAGAAGCAAACAAGAACCGGCAAAGAAGAAAGCCAGGGAAGAAGAGAGAAAAGAAAAAAGGAGAAGAGAAAAGAAAAGAAAAGGAGAAGAAGAAAGAAGAAAGAAGAAAGCCGGCCGGGAGAGAAGCCAGGAAGAAGAAGGAAGAAAGAAAAAAAAAAGAGAAAAGAAAGAAAAAGGAAAAGUUGGAAAUUUCGGGAUUUCGUCGGAUUCGUCGUCAAUCUUUCGAAGGCAAUUUCUCGGUGGUACUAUUUUCGGACGUUCUUGAUCGAAUUUUCUUCAUCGUCGGUAAAGGUAUGUUUAGAUGUUGACGUGCAUUUUGGGGAUGGAUCUUGGUAGCUGCACACACUACCUCAUCACCAUGUUGAUAGCUCAACCGGUGUUAUAAAUGGUGGUUUUGGUGGUCUGUCGUUUGCUUGGUUUAUGUCGUGGUAUGACGCUGGUAGCGUCGUGAAGGUUUCUAUAUAUAUAUGCCGGUUAUGUCAUAUACUGUCUACCUGUGAUCUCUUUUGGUCAGUUAUACCGUCCUAUAGAGGAAAUGCUGUCAAAAUUUUCUGUUUUCAUAUAAUUAGGCUUAGUGGUAAAGUAGGGUGUUACAGCUUGGUAUCAGAGCCUAGGCUUUAGGUCCUAGGUAAUUGAAUGAUGAACCUGACACACUUGCACAAAUAGAAUGGGUAUGGGAUGCAUUGCAUUGCAUACGUCUUGCUUAUCUUUGUUUGCUUAUGUUCACUAUCUCAAAUAAGUAUUAUUGAAGUUACUUGUUUGAU